AUGAAGAUCUGUGUAGUCCAGACCUCGUACGAGGGAUCUAACUCCCCUGUAGAAAAGCUCGAUCCGUUCUGCGAUCCAGGCCGAUAUAUCUCCACGGCAGUUCACCAGUUUGAGCAUCGCUUCAUCCGAAAGAGUUCGUUCAAAGAAGAUAUUGACCGAAUUUGCGAGGAUGAGACGUACGAAAUGUAUUUUAGCUGCUUGUGGGGAGGACCGCGAGACAACGUUGCAGGUCAAGACGCGGCGGCGUAUCUCGAGAGCAAAGGGGUAGAAGUCUUGACCAACACAGCCAGUGCUAUGCGACUAUGCAAUGACAAACUCGAAUUCUACGCUAAAGUCGAGCCCGCCGGCAUCCGAGUGCCCGGAAACGAAUCAGGCUGCUUUCCUAAAAUCGUGAAACUGAGAGACGGGGCCAACUCGGAGACAUUGGAUUUUGACUCCAUCUGCCACGAUGAACGCCAGCUGAAAAAAAGAGUAACUCUGGUGAAGACACUGAAGCCAGAUGCGGAGUGUCUCGUUCAAGACUACAUCGUUGGCAGCGAGGUCAACGUAGUUGUGGUUGAAAUGGGUCAUGCUGUGGUUGCUUUAGAGCCUGUCGAAUAUGUGUUCCCACCAGACACCCCGACGGGUCGGGCAUUUCUAACGUUCGAAAACAAGUUUGCGAAUGUUGGUAAAGGCGUUGUACGAACGAGGAUAGUCAUCGACGAGCCACGAAGGUCGCGCAUUCGCGAAACGUCACAAAACGCUUUCAAGGCGGCCGGUAUGCAAGGUGGCAGUGGUUGGUGCCGCGUCGACAUGCGAAUCGAUGCAAAAACAGGCGAGAUUUACGUCCUCGAGAUAAACGCGUUCCCGACCGUCUUUUACCCCCGCGGGGCAUUCACCAGCGACAAGGUUAUAGAACGGACAUAUCCGGGAGGGCACGCAGCCCUCUUUGACAUGCUUCUUGCCACGAAAUUGAUCCAGACCAAGGCCUACUGUCAAGCUCAUAGGACCGUCAGCACUUUCUUUGACGAUUUUUCCAAGAAAUACGAGAUUGCCUGGGAGAUGCCUAGUAUCAAGACGGUCCGCAAUGUCAUGGCUGUAGACUUUGAUUGGGCGGGCAGCGUACUGGACCUUGCUUGCGGGUCUGGAUUCCUCGGUAACGCGCUUUUUGAUGCCGGUUGGACAUCCUCAGUCGUGGUAGGCGUCGAUAUUUCCCCGGAGAUGGCUGCUUCGGAGCGCACAAGAAAGUAUUACAAACAACCCAUCCAUCUUGAGCCGAUUGAAGAGUUCAUCAUGACCGCCGACCCAUUCGACCAUAUAGCUUGUUUCAACGGCUUGCAGUACCUGUCGCCGGUAUUGUUCACCGCCGUCUUAUCCCGAAUGUUCAUGCUUGCUCGCAAGUCCGUCUCGUUUGAGGUGGAUGACAUGCCUCGGGAGCAUGUCCAGAGCACUAACGAGAGGAUUGGGUCCAGCGCUAUUUACAACAAUACGCAGACGAUGGCUCGGUUCCCGACUCCACCGGACUGGAAGAGAGUGCUGGAGAAGAAGCAGUUCUUGUUCCGUUCCCCAAACACCAGUGUCGAUGUGCAAGGCACUUUUUAUCGUUUUGAGAAGAUAGAGGAUUGCUUGUGUGUGAACAGCUAUGAUAACAAAGCUUUCAAUAGCUCUUGCAAUGGAUUUUUGUAG